AUGUCAUCUCAUAGACAUCACGGACACGAUUCUGCUACGCCAACAACUCCUCCCGUUUCCACUACUUCUACCUCUUCUUCUAAUAUCAGCUUGGUUAAAGAAGAUAAUCAUCAACCUUCUUCCCCUCCUUUAUCAUCUCCUACAACUCCUUUACAAAGCUCUGAUCUUUUAAAACUUGAACCUUCUUUACCUUCAUUGGUUUCUGUAUUUGCUUCAUCUUCUAAUAAUAUCAAUAAUGAUAGUGAUGAAGAUGAGAUUGAUGAAUUAUUACCACAACAGAAAUUACGUGAUCAACGUCACAAUUCGGUUGAUAAUUAUCUUUCUUCUCCAAUAACUAAUGACACUUCUCCUUCACUACAACCUCUUUCUAUUGAUAAUGCUCGUUCGGCCGCUAGUAUUUCAAAUCUAAUCAAUCAUGAUGAUGAUCACGCUUCUCCUACAUCACAAAUUAGUAGUAGAUCAAUCUCUCCAUCACCGGAAACUCCUCGUAAUAAUGUCUCCAUUUUAAAUGAACCAAGAUUUAUUAAUAUAGAGUUUCAUAACUCCAAUAACUCCGAUUUUUCUACUACGGCUACUUCCAAAAAGAAAAGAAAGGGUGGUCACGAUAUUGAUGAUGAUAUAUCUAAAAAUAAACGUAUUUCUGAUUCUUCAUCAAAAAGGCAACGUAAAAAUGUACAUAAAUCUUCUACUUCCGUAACUUCUGUAACUUCCGUAACCAAUACUCCUAUUUCAACAACAAUUAUCGAUGAAACCGAUGAUGUAACUACUUUAAAUGGGUCUAUACCUCCUUCACCGGUUCCUUCAUCAGGUUUUGAUGAAAUGAUUAUCGAUGAUCAAAUUUCUGAUGAUUUUUCAAAUGCAAAUUCUCCAACGAAUACUAGUGGAAAUCUUACUUUUUCUUCAAAACAAAAUCGUAAAAAACCUUAUAUUCCUCCUGAUCAUUGGAGAAAUUUAUCUGAUCAAGAAAAAGAUGAAUGGAAAAGAAAAGCUGAAGAAGCAAAAGAACGUCAUAUGAAAGCUUGGCCUGAUUAUAAAUAUCAGCCUAGAAGAAGAGUUGUUGGUCCAACUUUUAAAAAACCAUUAAAGGGUCCUGGUGCUCCUGCUAAACUCGAUAACGUAGGUGAUUUUGAUACCGGUUCUCGUCGUAAUAUUAAUGAACAUAUGAAAGCAAAUAUGGACAAUUUCGUUAUGGAGAUUUCUAAAUCUUUUCAAGGAAAAUCUAAUAUUGAUGGUGAAAUUCCUAUUAAUGAUUCUCAUGAUUCACGUGAGUUGACAGAUAUAUCUUCUCAAAGGAAAUCAAUUAUAAUAAUUGAACGUGGUUCAAAAGAAUUGAAUAAAAUAGUAGCUCCUCCAAUGCAAUUAUUACCGCCCACCCAACCUACGAUGAUUUCACCACCCGCUGCCACAGCUCGUGGUGCUCUUAUUGUUCUUGAAGGUUGUGAAGAUGGUACAACUGCAUUACAAUCAACAAAGCUGCUUGAAUUUUUAAAGAAUGAGGGUAUAAAAGCUCGUUUGUGGAAAUUUCCUGAUACCACAACCCCUUCUGGUACUGCUCUUAAAGCAUAUAGAUCAAGCAAUCGUCAACCACAUCCAAAAACUCUUCAUUUACUUGUUGCUGCACAUUGGUGGGAACUUAUGCCUAUAAUGAAAGAACAUCUAAUUAAUGGUACAACUUUAAUAGUAGAUAAAUAUGUUUACUCAUCAAUCGCUGCUUCUGCCUCUGCGGGUUUAGACCUUAAUUGGUGUAAAGCUAGUUAUGUGCACUUGUUAUGCCCUGAUUUGAUCUUUUUCUUAAAUGUAGAAAGAGAAUCAAAUGAGGUAGACCAACAAUCUCAACUUCCACAAUCUACUCAACUUCCUCACGUUAAUGAUGUGCUUGGAACUAAUAGUAAUGAUAAUCUUGAUGAAAGCAGACGUGCAUCUGAAUGGCAAAAAAGAUUACAAGAUGCAUUUGCUCGAUUGGCCGAAGUUCAAUGGAAGAUUUUAGAUGCUCGUAAAUCAAAUACUUUGGUUCAUACUCAAAUUCUUGAAGCUUCAAUUGAGGUUAUUGAAAGAUGUCGCAAAUAUACAAGUGGUUAUAAUAGUGGUUGUCUGCUAAGUAGUUUUUUGUUAGUUGAAACUCAAAUAACAAGAUCUUGA